AUCCUGAACCAGGAAGUACCGAGAGUUAACAUGGCUUCGAAAGGACAGGUCGAGAGUUUGACCGAGGAGGUAGUUUGUCCAAUCUGCCUGGAUUUCUUCACCGAUCCGGUUAUACUGGAGUGUGGACACAACUGCUGCCGCUCCUGCAUCACACAGUAUUGGGAAAGGGAGGAGAGAAACUCCUGCCCGGAAUGUAGAAAGGUGUUUGCGGACCGCACCCUCAGGGUCAAUCGGGUUUUAGCAAAUCUCUCUGAGAAAGCUCGAAAACUGAACCUGAACCCGAUAGAGGAGAAAAGUAAAGUUCACUGCGAAGAACAUGAGGACGAACUGAAGCUGUUUUGUGAGACGGACAAGAAACUGCUCUGUCUGAUCUGUAGAGAUGCACUGGAGCACAGAGAGCACAGCUUCCUGCCGAUUAAAGAAGCUGUGAAAAUGUACAAGGAUAAGGUCAAAUCUUCCUUAGACUCUCUCACAAAAAAGGAAUCAGACAUUCAGAAAAUGGAGUGGCAACAGAAAGGGGAGAUUUCUGGAGUUCGGGAACAGUCACACAGCCUUCAGUCAGAGAUCACGUCCCAGUUUGCUGAACUGCACCAGAUUCUCACCCUGAAAGAGCAGCAGGCACUCCGAAAUGUCAGGGAAGAAGAGGCGAGGAUUCUGAACCCAAUGGAGAAAAAUCUGCACGAGAUUCAAGAGAAGUUAAAGGUUAUUCAGGAGGAAAUCUCGAAGUUACAGGAGAGGAUGGAUCAAGAAGACAGUAUAACAUUUCUGAAGGAGGAAGCUGAUCGAAAGAGGAGGAUCAGUGAUGGGAAUCAAUUAUUGUCCGUGAGAGGUGGCAACCUGCCAGUUGAGAAAUUGGAUCAACCUGUAUUGUACACAGUGUGGAGUGAAGUGUUUGAUGCCAUUAGGCAAGACUCUGUCACCCUGGAUGUGGAAACGGCGGGUCCAGAGCUCGAGGUGUCUGAGGAUCGGAAGAGUGUGAGAUGGACUGGGACCCGGAGGAAUCUCCCUGACACCGGGAAGAGGUUCACAGUCCGGGCUUGUUUGCUGGGAUCGGAGGGAUUCACAUCGGGGAAACAUUACUGGGAGGUGGAGGUGAUGGGGAAUCGGUGGUGGUAUCUGGGAGUUGCCGCAGAGUUUGUGGAGAGGAAGAGACAGGUCGGAUUGAGUCCGGACAACGGAUUCUGGAUUAUCGGGCGGGAUGAUCACACAAUCAAUGUUUUCACCUCCCCUGCGUCCCGUCUCCCUGCUGGUCCCAUCCCAGGGAGGGUGGGAGUUUAUCUCAGUUAUGAGUCCGGGACAGUUUCAUUUUACAACGCGGAGACCAAGUCCCAUCUCCACACCUUCACUGGGAAUAAAUUCACGGAAAAACUUUAUCCUUUCUUCUGGACUUGGCAUAAAAACCAGUGGCUGAGAAUCUGCUCCAGUUCCGCUCCAGGUCUGUAAACAGGUCGGUCCCGGGACUGGCAUCAGGAGUAAGUCAGUGUAAAUAUAAAUGUGCAGAGAGUGAAAUAAACACGAUGUGAGAAUUAUCAAUCCAUGAAUUUUAACUCGUUCACCGCAUCCGUCAACGGAACAGAAACACUGCGGAUUCAGCAGCAUCCGCGGGCCGCAGGUCCUGAACUCCCCUGCUCCCCCGGGUGCUAAAGUCCAUUCACCCAGGGCCAGGUUAAGUGGGACAAGUUGUAGUGGUUAGCGAGGUCAAGGUGAAUCUUUGGUAGGCGGUACAUACAAUGGAGGUAAUAUGUCAUGAGGAGAGAGAAAAUUAAAAAGUGACAAAGGGGGAGCAACCACCGGCUGUUUGCGAAUUUGAUGUUCACACUGUAGGCUGCACAGGGGGCUGGGAUCCUGACGGAUUCCUGGUGGAAUCAGUUAUUCUGUUUUGGACACAUUUACCCCCGGGACAUGCAGGAAACUUGCAGUCAGUCAGGAUCAGUGCAAAUUAUACACCAGUGAGACCUGAGUCAGUGGUGGAGGCAGAUACACUAGUGAAGGUUAAGAGACCACUAGACAGGUAUAUGGAGGAAUUUCAGGUGGCGGGGGGUUAUAUGGGAGGCAGGGUUUGAGGGUCGGCACAACAUUGUGGGCUGAAGGGCCUGUAACGUGCUGUACUAUUCUAUGUUCUAUGAAAGAGUAUCGGAGUUGGCGAUCCACGUCGAUGACACCUCACUGAACUGAUUCAAACCUGCUGCAGUUUUCAAGUAUCUUCCGUUUAUUUUUUGUUCUUCGAACAUCGGGUUGAAACAAAAGUCGAUCUGACAAAAGGAGAAAACGGAGAACUAUCGCCCUGUUAGCCUAACGUCAGUCGUGGGGAAGAUGCUUGAGCCCAUUAUUAAGGACGAAAUAGUGGCACAUCUUGAUGGCAGAAAUAGGAUUAGGCCGAGCCAGCAUGGAUUUACCAAGGGCAAAUCAUGCUUGACUAAUCUGUUGGGAGUUUUUUGAGGGUGUAACAAGGAUGUUAGACGAGGGUAAGCCAGUGGAUGUAGUGUAGCUAGAUUUUCAGAAUGCAUUCGAUAAGGUGCCACAUAGGAGAUUGGUGAGUAAAAUCAGAGCUCAUGGCAUUGGGGGCAGGGUUUCAACAUGGAUAGAAAACUGGUUGGCAGAUAGAAAGCAAAGGGUAGCA